UUAGAAUACUGCAUAACCUACGUAUAAUUUCCCGAUAUUACUGUAAAGUCGCGGAAAUGGCUGAAAGUCGCGGAAAUGGCGGAAAGUCAUAUGAAGAUGGCGGAAAGUCAUAUGAAGAUGGCGGAAAGUCAUAUGAAGUUUAAAACCCGUUCGUUCACAUUUGAAUGCAGUGGUGAUGCCGUAAAGGAUGGUUUAAAGAUAGCAGAGAAAGCUGUAGGUUUAUCGAAUAGUUUUACAGUAUCCACUGAUCUUGGAUUCGUCGGUGUCAGCGGGACCUUGGUUUGGCAGACAAAGAACCCGGAAAAGUACGCGGAAGCUGUAAACCGUGGAAUAUUGGGCAAUGUGGAGAACGCCUUUGUUCAAUCAUUCACUCCUGGGAGUCUAACUGUCGAGGUGGUUGCCUUAAAAAAAACUGCUGCGGAUGCUAUAAUGGAGAUGCACGAGUCGGGAGAAAUCAAAAAAAAUCUCAACAAGGCCAUAAAAGAAUAUGCUGAUCAGCACCACCAUGGACUUGGGCAAUUCGAUCAUGUGUUGUUGACAAACAACAACGAGCACACAGUCACAAAACAAGAAAUUGAUAAAGUUCAGCGAGUCGCGAUUUCGAGCUUUAAAACUCUAAAAAGGGAGCAGAAACUCGACCUACCUAUUUGGAGAAAUCCAACUGAAAUCAAAACGACAAAAGACGAGACCGCUGUUAUUGGUCAUGGUGGUUUCGGAGUUGUUCUUUUGGGCUACUGUGAACAAAUUGGCCGCUGCGCAGUAAAAUGUAUAGGAACACCAAAUACCUAUACCGCUUGUAAGGUAGAAAAAAUUUUCAUACGUGAAGCGGGUAUAAUUCUACUAGCUCAUCACGCAAACAUUGUACAAGUGUAUGGGAUCACAAGCUGGGUCGGAUCAUUCGGUAUCAUCAUGGAGUAUAUGGAGAGAGGGAACCUAUCGCAACUCAUUCAAUCAGUGCGCUUAGAAGAUUAUAUAAUUCCGUUCGACUUGUUGGUGCGAAUUUUGCUUCAAGUUGCGAAUGGGGUGGCGUUCUUACACAGAAUCGGGGAAGAUCAGCAGAUCGUUCACGGAGAUUUAAAACCUUCUAACGUCGUGCUAAAAGACGACUUCACUGCAAAAGUGACCGAUUUUGGUGGAGCAACUCUACGCACUUACACCAAUACAGGCGACGCGUACCGGGAAGCAGAUGACGGCCAAAACACUAUGCCAUACACCGCCCAGAGCGACUACAACAACCGCAAUACGCAGCCACCAAAGCAUCUGAUGUUUACAGCUAUGGAAUGAUAAUUUACGAAUGUCUUACCCUUUACAUUCCUUUUCAUCAUGGGUUAAACAAUAUUAAUAAUUUGGUUCGUACGAUUAUAAAUAAUAAGAUCAAGCCACCUUGCGACAAAAUUGACGAAAAUAAGAAAAUCUUCGUAGGAGAUCAACGCGACAGCCUAGUUUGCCUCGAUAAAUGGAUGAAUAGUUGCUGGGAAUACAACAAAGAAGACCGACCACCAAUUAAACAGGUUCGUGAUGACCUACAGCAACAUUUUGACAAAGUGGCAAGAAAUGUGUGGAAGAGCAUCGCGGAAGUUUCAUCCAAGCUCGAAGUCAGUGCGUCAAACCGUGCACUGUCCAAACCAACAAUCCCAAUCUCCUUUUUGAAUCCGCCUUCCUUCAAAACCUCUGACGUUUCAACAGAAUCGCAUGGUAAACACCACAUCAUACGACAAGAAGAAGGGAUUAAAAUCAAAAAAAUCAAGACAACUGCUGAUAUUAACAAAGGACUUGAAGAUAUUCUACCGCUUAUAAAACAGACUCAAGAAACAAUGACAGACAGCGACACUAGCAGUCACGAAGCUUUGGUUGAAACGGUAAACGAGGCGCUGGAUAAACUGGGAGAGUUGCGCUCCGAUGAUUGCACACGCCUGGUAUGCGAAUUGCACAUUCUCUGCCAGAGAGUAAGAGAGGUUACACCGGCCCAAGUCAGGGAGCUGGCCAAGCAUGGUUUGAAGAGAUGCUUACGUAUUGGAAAUGUGCAAGAGAGCUACCACAGUAGCUUUCUAGCACUAAUGUAAAUUGUUUAAAAUAUAGUCACCACGGUAUAUAUUUACCAUGUAUAAAUGUGUGAUAACUGUAGUGGUACAGACAUUA